AUGAACGAGGUGCUGCGCGACGUGGACCCGUCGGAGCUGCAGGGCUACAUUGAGCCGAAGCAGCUUCCGCCGCGCGGCUUCUGGGGCGAGGGAGAGCCCGAGGGAGGCGAGGACGAGGAGUGGAACGGCGACGACAUCCCGUCGCUCGGCCACGGCGAGUUGGAGCAGCAGAGGGAGAUCCGCGAGUACAUGCGCAUGGCGGCGUGGGAGCUCCCGCUGCUAACCAAGUACGCAAAGCCCUUUGAGCCGCCGACGGCCGAGAAGCCGCUGCGCUUCCGCUACACGUCGUACAUGGGCGAGCAGCACCCGGCCGCGAACAAAGUCGUCGUCGAGUUCAGCGUCACGGACAUCCCGAACCUGACGCAGGUGCAGCAGGACAAGCUGAUCAAGCUCGCCGGCCCGCGCUACAACCCCGACACGCAGAUCAUCAAGAUCAGCGCCGACAAUUUUGAGACCCAGGCCAAGAACAAGCGCUACCUGGGCGACCGCAUCGCCGACCUCGUCAGCGAGGCCCGCAACCCCAAGGACACGUUUGCCGACGUCCCCUUCGACUUCCGCCACCAUAAGCCAAAGAUCUUCCACCACUUCCCCAAGGACUGGGUCAUGACGCCUCAGCGCAAGCAGCUGCUCGACCAGCGCCGCGAGCAGCGUUGGCAGCUCGAGCAGAAGCGCGUUGAGGAGGGCACGCUGGUCGAUGGCGCCGAGAUCGUCAAGGAGGCCCUCUCGACGCCCAUCUUCGAGCAGGCCGAGCCCGUCAUGAUUGAGAAGGGCAAGGCGCCGCCGCCGCGGAGGCCGACGACCCUUGGCGCGAGGUGA